UUGGUUCUCGUCUGAUCUGAGCUCAGUAGGCUAUAUGCGGAUAAUUGUACAACUGAGGACGUCGUAUAGAGUAAUUGAACUAUUUUAUAUUACAAAGUGCAGUACCUUGAUUGACACCAUGACAAGAAUUGUCGUAAACAUCAUGUUGAUGCUGGAAGUAUUAAUCGAUUUUUUAUGUAUUGUGUCGUCUCGUGGCGUCAUUGACAGACCAUUGCCAAUUAACAACAACUGUUCUCUUGACAUCCAAGGAGCUGAGGCACUAGAAGUUUUGCAAAAAGAUGGAAGUGUUUUCAUUAACUUGAACAUAAACUUCGUAAAUUCUUCCGGUGACGAGAUCCUGAAUAACACUGGUGGGAUUAUCGAUAUAAACCAUUGGGUCUUAACAUAUGGACACAAGGGGGUUCUAUUAUCAAAAUACACUUUUGAUGCCGUGUAUCUUUCCUUCGGUACUCUUGCCCCAGGUGUGGAAACAGUUUCACUGAGUGUUGCUUGGUCAGUGUUCUGUUUUUUGAAUGCUUCUGAUGACGAAAAACUCGAUAUAAUUGCAACAUCGAUAGGACGAUUUUCAUCAAAAAAUGGGAGCUUAGGGUUACCCACAGAUUACGCGGUUUGCUUGGAGCACAAACUCUCGUCUAAUAGCUGGCGGAUUUUUUUACGUAAUUACUAUAAGUUAAAAUAUAAUACGUAUUUUGAUUGUUGGCGAUUUGUCCCUGAAAAUAAUUAUUCCGAAACAUCAAUGUACACUACUAUAUUGCUUUUGGCCUUGGGAUCCUACAUUCUAGCACAAUAUAUCUUUUUCUACUUUUUACAGUCCCUUUGCCGAAACAAUCCAAUAAUUAUUAAAAAAAAUAAGUACAUUAGUAUAGAUACAGAUCUUCCUAUAGGGCCCAAAUACGCGAUAUUUUUUCAGGGCAAUGGAUGGACCGAUGUGAAUAGAGGUUCUAAAAUAUAUUGGAUUCGUUGCUUUCUCUAUUUAUCUCUAUUUUACGUUUCUCAAUUUUUCCCAAUAUUAAUAGCACACUUGGACACAGAAAAUCUCAUAAUCAAAGAAAUAAGAGAAGGCCUGAAAUGGGAUAUUGUUUAUGGAGUAGUCUGUUAUUUCUUAUUUCUUCCUUUGUCAAUACUGUACUUGUACGAAUGGAAAACUAAUCAACAUAAUAAUAUAUCAGGUCUUUUGAUAAACUCUGCUACUAUUUUCAAUUUUGUUUUGGUGAUAUUCGUCAUUGCUGGCUUCAUGUGUACAACUGUAACCGAAUAUUAUGCUAGUUACAGCAAAUUUCUUAGACAGGUUAUAAGGUUAGUCGAUGAAGUUGUCGGAUACCAUCAAAAUGAAUCAGAAAGAGAAACGGCAAUUGAUCAUACCUCUUGUAGCCCUGUAGACGGCUCUGAUAGGCAAUUUCUCAUCACUGAAAAUGGUAAUGCCCUUUACAAAACUGUGGGUGGUCUGACGUACAUUAAAAUGGAGUUCUUUGAUUUGAUAGUCCAAAAGUACAUGCCAUAUGGCACUGAGAUUGUACGUAUAUUUUCUAGGUUAUUCAUAUGUGGAAUGAUAAUAUAUAUUGGAGUUAAUACAUUAAAAUCCAUUGGUGCAAUGACUAGCUUGAACGAGGAGGUUAGUUCUAUUCCUUUUAUUUUCAUUCCUUUGGUCAUUCCUAUCUUCUAUCAACUACACAAGAAUCGUUCAGAAGAAAAGAACUGUAAGAAAAUACGUAAAGCUCGCAUUAAAACGGACAUUAAACAAUAUCUUAUGGAAGAAGAAAUUGACAUGUAUACAUAA